GCAAUGGACUGUGACCUCACAGCUCUGCACUGCUCAUACUGGGGCGCAGCAGAGCCUGACCCAGCCGAGCUUGUUCCUGGUGUCUGGCUGAGCACGUUGGCGAGGUCUAGAGACCCAGCGAGGCUUUCUUGGUUUGUGCUGCGGGGUUUUGGGAGCUGUUCUCAGUGCCCAACCCCACCACAUUCCCUGUAUUUCCACCAUCCCACCUGGCUCAGGCAACUGGACCCCGAGAAGACUGCUGGAGGCACUGGAGUUGCAAAUGAGACGGGUGACAAAAAUGCACGGCCACUUUCACGAUUUGCCCGGUCCAAAUCACAGAACUGCCUGUGGAACACCAUUAUCGGUGGGCUGACUGGCAACCUCAAGGAAAGGCCAAAGCCCACCAUCAUCAGUGACCCUAGACCUCCUGAAGAGAUCCUCGCAGAUGAGCUGCCACCUGUGGAUAGUCCUGAGGCACUGGUGAAAGCAUCUUUCAGGUUGCGAUCUUUGGUAAAGCAACUAGAGAGAGGGGAAGCUUCAGUUGUAGACCUAAAGAAAAACCUGGAAUAUGCUGCGACGGUCCUUGAGUCAGUGUACAUUGACGAAACUAGGCGUUUACUGGACACAGAAGAUGAGCUCAGUGACAUCCAAUCUGACUCUGUGCCCUCAGAGGUCCGGGACUGGUUGGCUUCUACUUUCACACGGCAAAUGGGGAUGAUGCUCAAAAGGACAGAGGAGAAACCUCGGUUCAGGAGCAUUGUCCAUGCAGUACAAGCAGGGAUAUUUGUGGAAAGAAUGUACAGGCGGACGUCCAAUAUGGUCGGUUUGAGCUACCCACCAGCUGUAAUUGGAGUGCUAAAGAAUGUAGACAAGUGGUCCUUUGAUGUGUUUGCACUAAACGAUGCCAGUGGAGAUCAUGCACUGAAAUUCAUUUUCUAUGAACUUCUCACACGCUAUGAUCUGAUCAGUCGUUUCAAGAUCCCCAUUUCUGCCCUGGUGUCCUUUGUGGAAGCUCUGGAGGUUGGAUACAGCAAACACAAAAAUCCUUAUCACAACCUAAUGCAUGCUGCAGAUGUGACACAAACAGUCCAUUGCCUCCUUUUCAAGACAGGUGUAGUGCAUUGGCUGACAGAGCUGGAGAUCUUCGCUAUGAUCUUCGCAGCUGCUAUCCAUGAUUAUGAACACACAGGAACCACCAACAAUUUUCACAUCCAAACACGGUCAGACUCAGCCAUUCUGUAUAAUGACCGGUCUGUACUUGAAAAUCACCAUGUUAGUGCAGCAUAUCGUCUUUUACAAGAUGAUGAAGAGAUGAAUAUUUUAUCUAAUCUCUCAAAAGACGACUGGAGGGAGUUCAGGGCUCUGGUGAUUGAGAUGGUGUUAGCCACCGAUAUGUCCUGUCACUUCCAGCAAAUCAAAGCCAUGAAGAAUGCUUUGCAGCAGCCAGAAGGAAUUGACAAGCCGAAAGCCUUAUCACUGUUGUUGCAUACAGCAGAUAUCAGUCAUCCAGCCAAGGCCUGGGACCUUCAUCACCGCUGGACCAUGUCACUGCUAGAGGAGUUCUUCAGACAGGGUGACAAAGAAGCAGAACUAGGGCUUCCCUUCUCUCCAUUGUGUGACCGCAAGUCCACUAUGGUUGCUCAGUCUCAAAUAGGUUUCAUUGAUUUCAUCGUGGAACCCACUUUUACUGUGCUGACUGAUAUGACUGAGAAGAUUGUGACACCGCUCAUAGAUGAAGCUUCCCGUUCUGGCAUGUCUGGGUUCAGACGUUCCAGUCUGAAUAGCAUUAGUCCCUCUGAAGUUAAGAGAUCAAGUGUCAAGAGCACUGGGUCAGAAGGAAGUGCCUCACUCAAUUGCUCCAUACUCACUGUGGACUUCAAAUGUUUUAAAGCCACCUGGACUGAGGUGGUGCAGCAGAACCGGGAGAAAUGGAAAGCACAAGCCACCAAAGAAGAAAAAGCUAAGAAAGAAGCAGAGGAAAGUGAUCAUCAGGGAACAGAUGAAAAGAAAACAGAUGAAAAGGAUGAGAAGCCAACUGAAGAUGCCACUGCAGCAAAGACAGAGAACAGCAAAGAACCAAAUCCUGGGGAAAACAAAAGUUCAGAUUCCAAUGAGAAUUCCCAUGUACAUGGGACUGGGCGAGCUGGAGUGACCAGACAUGAAGCCUCUCAAGGAAAAAGUGCUCCUAGGACAGAUAAGGGAAUGGAUUCUCAUCACACAAUGAGGGAAGAGAAACAUGUCCAGAAUGGUGAAAUAAAGGAAGACAGUAUGGCAGACAAAAAAGAUCAAUCUAGUGUGGGAAAUGAAUCAAAGAAAACAGAUGAUCCAGAAGAGUAAAAACACUUUUUAAAAAAGAGACUGCAAAUUUCUUUCGUCAUUUUUGCCAAGCUUCUUCAUUCCUGUUCUCCUCCUCCUUCCACAAAGACCGGUUGCUGGGGAAGGCGUUAAACAACUUCCAAAACACUCCUCCUCCCACUGGCUAUUUCACAGCUAAUGACUCUGGGUUCUAGGGUGGGGGCACUGUUUUUCUGGGUGCGAUUUAGUUUUGUUUGUUCGUGUAUGUGUGCAUUUAUUGUUGUUUUGGGAAGUAAUUUUGAUUUAGAAAAAUCUGGUGAUUUUCUGAUGCAUUUGGUUCAAUUUUAUGGACAGGUGGAGCGCACAGACGAGUCAUCUUCAAAAGCUGGUACUGCCCUUUGCUAUUAUGCCUCAGCUUGUGAAAUCACAAUGUUAAGAUGAUGCAAAAGAACUUUAAAAAAUGAAAACGUUAUAAUACUUCACUGGAUAAUACUUCCCUUUUAUUCUUUUUCUUUUUCCCCAAGAGAUUUUUCCAAUUGUUGGUAGACACAACCUGACGUCCAUUUUACCCUUGCUGUAGAAGAUUGUAUGCGUAAGGGUGUUGAAUUUGUAGUCAAAUUGCCAUUUGUUAGGAUUUGGAGCUUAUCACAAACAGGGCAACAAGAGCAAAAUGUUUUUGUUUCAGAACAGGAGUAGGCGGACUCACUCAACCCUUGAUUUUAUAGUAUAUUUGCAGUUAGAAAGAGUCAGUGAAAGCGAUAUUCCUUUGGGGCACAUUUUGUCAGCCUCUGAGAGUAUGUACUAAUGUACUGCUUGAGGUGCCUGACUUAAUUUGGGAUUACAGAUAAUGAGCUGUUUCCCGCAUCUAUUCAUUGACUACCAGUAAUUGCUUUGCCUGUCCUGGAGGUCUAAAAGAAGAAGAGCAGCAGGGAAUCACGCGGAUCAAUUCUUACUUUCAUCUCAGUGUGAUACUUCUUUCAUCACUGACUGAAUGGACAGGCCAAAGAAGGAAAAGCAAGGCUGGAGAAGUACAGACAGACAAAACCAAAAUGUCCUAAAUACGCUCCUGGAGUCGGUGGAUAAAUCUGUCUCAUCCAGUAGAGUCAGACACAUGGACAGUAGCCAUCAUUUUGGCCUACUUCAGGGAAGAAAUGCUGAAAAACCUCCUCACUCAGGCUUUGAUUCAGGAGGGUCUAUUUUUAUGAGAAACAGCAAAUGUUUGUAAGUGUUUUUCUGCCUUGGAAUCUUAGUAAGGAUCUAUUUAACUGUGAGCAAUUUUACCUGUCUUUGUGGAAAUCAAGGCACAUGUUUUUACACAUAAAGUUGUUUUUGCCUAACUUCUUUUUAUUCAGGAUAAGGUUGUGCUGUGUUAGUCGUAAAUGUAUCUCACAAGGAAUCGGAUGGCAGUCAUUGCUUUUUGCUGCGUAGAGAACAUGUAAACACUGGCUUAGGAAGGCAGUUAUUUGGCGUUUCCUUUUCAUAUUCAGAAGCACAGGACUUCACCACCAGCCUCUAUUGAAGCUCUGUUCCUGCUUCAGCUGUAUACGUACAGGGCCGAUAUUCAUGUAAAACUAGCAAACAUCAUAGCAGUUAGCUCAGCCUCAAUCUGCACUUAAACGUGAGUACCUUCUCACUCAGGAGUGUUUGUAUUUGAGAUUUUAGUUAUUGAGACUAGAGACAUUUUGAGUUCCUUUUGUUUUGGACACCAGAUUGGUCAAAGCCGGAGACUUAGAUUAGGUUCAUGCCAUGGAAAGGUUGCACCUUUAAUCACGUUUUCAGAAAUAAGAUGUGAAAAAGUAACUCUUGCAGUUCCUAGAUCUCACCGUUGGCAUCAGUGUACCAGCUCAUUUAAAUAUAAGGGCACACAGUGUUCACAGCAGUGAGCUCCUGCUUCAGCAGUAGUUCUGUGUGUAUCCUGGGGUAGGUUCGGUGAAAAAAGGAGCACUGAAAAAAGGAGGUGGCACCAGACACACUCCGUGCCAUGUAAUAGGGAAAGGCUGUCACCUCAUAGCACUUUUCCACCUCCCCUUUCCUCCACCAUCAGCAUUCAGCCCCAUUUCAGAGCGGUAGGCUCCCUUUUUGGAGGGAGAUCACCAAUGAAGUAUCAAUACUGCAAAUGAAACACCGCAGUAAUGACUCAGUCCCUGCUGAGUCAGACUUCCUGGAGUCAAGGAGAACAUAUCCUGCCCAAGAGCUUGGUCAGAGAUGCAGGAUGGUUUAGUCAAUACUUUUGAAGUUAUCUUUACCGAACCGUACAGUGACUAAAGAUACCUACAUCAUACCCAGUAGGAUAAUAAUAAUAAUAAAAAGUAAAUAUUUUUCUUCAUCUGCUUCUGCUUUCUUUCUUUCUGGGACUGACUUCAUUCAGGCAGCAAAGCAAGAUGGCUUAAUUCACAGCCAUCAGUUCUUGUUUCUCAUGCCCUUGCACAAAGGUGAGAGAUCAAGCUAGAAAAGGUUUUUCCUGUGUUGCCAGGAUUGUUGGCCACUGGCAGGAGCUACAAAAGAAGCAGUGGGUUUGCUGUCUUUUGGGACUGCAGAUCAGAACAGGGUACUGCUCUAGAACAGAUGCUGUAGUCAGAGAAUUACUGAUUUCAGCACACGGGUGUGCAGAAAUUUCGUUGCAAUACACAGGCAGGCAGUUAGCUCUAAUAUUUUCCUGCCCUUUUAAAGUCAUCUGAACUGGGUACCAUGGAUUAGUAGUACUUGGAAUUUUUUUCACUGUCACUGACAAAAAAAAAAUUAAAAAAUUCCCAAUGAAGUCUUUCCUAUUAGUCUGGAAACAUAUGAAGUGAAAGUUAAAUCUGGGAAAUGAGAUCCUACAAAGGAACUAGGCUAGAUGAAAGGAUGUGUCAUGGACACCCGUCCCAGAUCACACCUACAUGACUGCACCAGACUCCCUGCCUCCCUGGAACACUCUGCAGCCCUGUGCCAGUGCAUUGUGAGCCAAGGAGUGGUAUGUUUAGACACCUCUCAGUUCAACCAGAGAUCAGCCACCAUGCAAUUGUGUAAAAAAAAUAAUAAGCUUUCAAAAAAAGCCAAACCCCAAAGCCAACCAACCAAAAAACCCAUGCAGAAUUUCUUUCUCUGACUUUAUUCCAUGAAAGAAAAAAGAAAAGAGGAAAAGGAUUAGGUCUUUAUCAGCUAAUGGCAUCGUCUUCAAUUCACAAUAAGGUAUUUCUGUUGUUGCAUCCUUACCUAAUUCUUGCCUGGAUGUAUAGGAAACUGUUUUUAGGUGCCUUCCUUUUCUAGCCCCAGAGUGCAUAAGUAAGGAACAAGACAGAAAUACUGCAAAUGAAGGGUCCAUGCUGUUGGCUGCAGGCUGAAAUCCUAAGGAGUUCUUUGGGAGGCCCCUCAGGCAGAUACAAAGGGAUCUCCUGGUGUCAGAGAGCUCUGACUGCUGGGGGAGUACCAGGCAUCCCUUACAUCCUAGAAACCGUGGUGUGAUGCCAGAGGGUGAAUCCAGACACUUCCCCUCUUAAGACACGGUUGCAGGUAGACCUGUCAGUAUUCUCUACUGUAUCUGGACCUGGCAUUCAGGGAAUUAGAAGACCUUUGGCUCCUGCUGAUGUAGUGCUUAAACUCCUGGAUACUCUAUAAUUAAAAAAAAAAAAAAGAUCUUUGUUAUUAUCCUGUCCAUUAUUUAAGUGGCAUAAAGGGUGGCAGCUCUCUGAGCUGCGCUUAUUUGAUGAUUAGAAUUAUUCAUCUGUGUGACAGCAUGCAAAAAGCGUUCACACAUGAAAGAAAGGGUUUGUUUACCUUUCUUGAUGACUAAGCCUGUGAGGUGCUCUCUAGCUUUCCUUACGAACAGCACAACCUAUCUUUUCCAAGUUAUGCGGUCAGAUUUUUGUGAUUCCUUAUAAGGAUGAUGCAAAUCAACAUUAGUUUUAGUUUUGUUUUGGUAGUCGGUGGCAAAAUAGGUGGCAGAUGAAAAGAGGAAAUGUUGAUGUUCUAGAUUUAAAAUGUCUUUCACAGUAGUCAAUCUAAGCAGACUGAUGCUUAUCUGAAAGUGCAGCUUUUAGUGUAGCUUUGGCUGUUAUAUAUACUCCCUGUGUAUUGAUGCAGUAGAAUGUUUAGCAGCAGAAUGAUGGAAACUGACAUGGACAAUACUUUUGGAGCCUCAUCUGCAGUUAAGUAGCCCAUCUUCAGAAAUUGAUGAGAUGGUCCGAAAUAUUCUGUAUUGGCUCCUUUCUUCUCCCAGUUUAUUUCAUAAUAGUGAAGCUCAUCCUCCUCUGAUGAUACAUACUGGAUGUUUGCCAGCGAUGCUCAGCAAAUGACAGCAUAGUCAAGUGCUUCUCUGUCACUCGUUUGACCGACCACCCCACCCGAUAAUUAAAAACAACAGAGCCAUCGCCAGUGCUGGACCAGUUCUGCUCUAUCUCAGAGGUGAUGUUGGAGUGUAAGCAUUCUGAAAUGGGACCUCCCUUGCUGAUGGCAAGACUGAGCCCUGACAACACAGGCUGUGCAAACUGCCAUCUGGAUCUUAUCUUGUGGGUAGAAGGGAGGGGAAAAUGGUUAUAUGUUUCAGGGUGCAAACUCUGCUCCCUCCAAAGCAGGUGCAGAGCUCUGCCCUGUGGCAUCAGCAGGUUUGUCCCGAUCUUGUUUUGAUCACAGGUGUACAUCCUAAUGCAGUGCUUGCUUUGCUUCCAUAGGCCCAGGGGUUUUGCAAUUUCAGCCAGCCCUCUCUAUGUCUGCUUCCUGUCAUGAAAGUAGAACCACUGCUGAUGCAACCGUUUUCUGUUAGAAAAGAGCACAGGCCUUGCAUGUUCAUUUGCUGAGCCUGCCCUCUCUUUGUCACAGUGUCUGUUUCUCACCCAGAGCAAGCAUGGAGAGUUCUCACCUGUGCCCAGGCAGCACUGCAGCACACAUUAUCAGCCCACUGUGCCUCCUUCACAGCAGCAGCUCUCUCUUUGGCAACUUGAGCAUGGCGUAGAAGCAAAUGGAGCUGCUCCCAGAGCAGCUGGCUCAGGACUUGCAGCUGUCAUGGCUUUCCAGCCCAGAGCUCAGUUUUAGCGGGUUGACCCUAAUGCUUAAGUGCAUGACAGCACUCACAAACCUCACAGCACACUCCAGGCAUUCUGUCCUCUUCUGUUUUCUUCCUAAUACGAAUGUGUCACUGCUGCGCACUCAUUGCAACCCAGGUUUAAAGCUGUCCAGUGGUAGGAGGAAUGUACAUAUCCCAUUGUCUCUGCUGGUGGUCAUAGGAGUGCAUCUAUCAGAUAAAACUACUUAUGAUCAUUGAGGUUUUCUAAGAAUAAAGCCUAGCAGUAGAAUGACAGAGUGAGCCUUUUCCUUUUCCUCUCGCUUGGAUGAUAUUUUUAUACAAUUUUAUAUGCAAUUUUUUAAAAUAUCAGCUAUUUUUAUUGUAGGGUUCUGGUUGGAGUUUUACCAGAACUUCUGGUUGUCUACAGGCCCAGAUUCUCACAAGAAUAUUUUCCUUCCCUUUUCUCUUUCCCCUUCUUCCCUGAUUGACAAAAGCCAUUGCGUUUGCAACAUCAGCUUUGAGCAAAAUAGCACCUAGGCCUGAUCACUCUUUUAGUUGCACUGAAAUCAAAGGAAGUUGCAUGCAAAGUCCUGCUGGUCCCUCUGCAGCAUCUGGGGCCCAAGACUAAAUAAUCAAGAGCUCUAAGAACUCCUUGAAUGCAGGGCAGUCCUGCAUCAGGGUAGUGCUUUCUUCCUGUGCUGUGGUAGGAGCUGCUUCCAACAGCACCUGUUUAAAAAAGACACUACAGCUCUCAUUGUUACUAUGACGCUACCUUUUUGUGAGCAAAUGAAUGGGCAAGCACCUCCAUCAAAGGCAUCUUCAGCGACUGUCUUCAGCAGGGAGGAGGGGUGAACAUGAGGGCUUUUCUACCAUGCAGAUUUCCCUGCUCUGUGGUUAACACUCCAGUGACAGGUCCUAAAUGGAGUUAAGAAAAAUCAAACUUAUUUAUUGGCAGGAGGGCUAAGGGAAGGUUAAUCAAAUUCAAGGAUCUUGGUCUUGCAAAACAACUUUAGCUCAGCUGGCAUUCUGCAGGGAAUUCUAUGUAUGAAGCUUGAACAUAAAGUUUAGAGUAUGUUUAUAUUAGCAGAACUGAUAACGGAGAUGUCCUUUUUGAACUAAACUAUAAUAACCAAUAGACACCUGUUCUCUAAUCUUUUCCAAGGAAGAGAGGCAGGUUGUUAUGCUAUUUUGCACUGGGGUGUGGAAAACAAAUUAAAAUCCAUGCCGAAAGUAAAACUCAACACACUUGGGACUGGGACUGGGUGGGUAGGGUGAUGAAAAAAAAAAACCUAUUUGGUUUGAUAAGACUCAUGGGGAAAAAAAAAAAUAAAUGCAAAACUGAAAUGAAUCAUGUCAUGUAAUGCAAGUAUUCUCAACUGUUCUGAGAAUAAUUUUAAACAAUAUACAUUUAUUUUUAGUUCCAUAUUUGAAAGAAGAGGCUUGUGGUCUCUUAAAUGUACAGAGCAUUUUUCAGCAUUCCAGUUUUUCUGUAACUGAGUCCAUGUAUAUUCAUCCUAUUACCAAAUAAAAAUGAUGAGGUCUCCAUUCCAGUUGAAUUAAA